AUGGGCUCCUCCGCAUCCAAACCCGCGCGGUCAGCCGCCAGCGCCGUCUCCCGACGCCAAUACCCCAAACAGCCCUCCGCAGCCUCCAGGGCCGCACCACCACCAAGCACAGCACCACAGGUUCCCCCCAGAGAAGCAGACACCACGCAACCACUCAAAGCUCAGUCCCAAGCUCCAUCGCGCUUCAAAGAACAAGCUUCCAUGACAAAAUCACCGG